AUGUCUGCAGACAUUUUACGAAAGAAUCCACAGGACGACUUUGAGUUAAUUCAAAGAGUCGGAAGUGGAACAUACGGCGAUGUUUACAAGGCCAGAGUUCUUACUACUGGUGAGUUUGCAGCUAUCAAGGUGAUCAAGCUUGAGCCAGGUGAUGAUUUUGCAAUAAUUCAACAGGAGAUUAAAGUGAUGAAAGAUUGCAAGCAUAAAAAUAUUGUUGCAUAUUUUGGCAGUUAUUUGCGACAUGAAAAGUUGUGGAUAGCUAUGGAGUACUGUGGAGGUGGGUCAAUGCAAGAUAUUUAUCAUGUUACUGGACCACUUCCUGAGCCAGCAAUAGCAUUUGUGUGUCGGGAGACUCUGAAAGGCCUCAGUUACCUGCACAGGCGUGGGAAAAUGCACCGGGAUAUCAAGGGUGCAAAUAUUCUAGUUACUGACGAAGGUGAUAUUAAACUAGCGGACUUUGGAGUAUCUGCACAGAUAACAGCCACCAUGUGUAAACGCAAGUCUUUUAUCGGAACACCAUACUGGAUGGCUCCAGAGGUGGCAGCAGUCGAGCGUAAGGGGGGUUACAACCAGCAGUGUGACAUUUGGGCAGUGGGUAUUACAGCCAUUGAAUUUGCAGAGUUACAGCCACCUAUGUUUGAUUUACACCCAAUGAGGGCACUUCUGUUAAUGUCAAAAAGUGGAUUUAAACCACCACAGUUGAAGGACAAAAACAAAUGGUCUGUAGUGUUUCAGCAUUUUGUCAAAGUUGCCUUAACCAAAAACCCCAAGAAAAGACCUUCUGCAGACAAGUUGUGUGAACAUCCAUUUUUGCAAGGUGACUUGAGCAGAGAUCUUACUAAGGAGUUACUAGAGAAGUCACGAAAUCCCUCACAACCCAUUGACCUAAUAGAGGAUGAAGAUGGGCUUUUGCAACAUGUUCCAAGAAGAAUACCUUCAAAUAGAACAUCUCGGUCAAGUGCAGCCGCCAAUAGUAUUAAGCUAAAAG